AGUUAAUGUGGUCUCGUUUCUAAAAGAAUCCUUCUGUAAAGGAAACUCCUCAAAAAAUGACUGAAGAUAUUGAAAAGGCUGACGACGGGGAGAAGAAACCAAUUCUGGGGUACUGGAAAAUUCGAGGGCUUGCUCAACCAAUAAGGUUGCUUUUGGCUUACUGUGGGGUGGAUUGGGAAGACAAAUUUUAUCGAGAAGGGGAUCCACCUGAUUGCGACCAAUCUGACUGGCUCUAUGACAAGCAAGUUCUCGGGCUGGAGCUGCCAAAUUUGCCGUAUUUCACUCAUGGAAGUAUAAAUGUCACUCAUGCUGGGGCUAUAAUGAGAUAUAUUGCUGAAGUUCAUGGAAUGUCUGGUUGCACUGAAGAAGCCCAACUUGCAGCGGAAAUGGCUUACUUCGAGCUGGAAGACUGGAGAAACGAAUGUCUCGCUCUUUUCUACGUACAUUACGGAGAAGACGGGGCAACCGACCGAUAUUUGGCGACAGCAUUACCGCGAUAUUUGAUGCGGUUCUCGCGGAUUUUCAGCGACGCCAGAUUGUUCCUCGUUGGACGUGAGGUGACCUAUCCCGAUUUCCUUCUCUACGAACUAUUGGAGUGGAGCUUGUUCGCAGAGCCCGAGUGCUUGCUGACGUUUCCGCGCCUGGAGGCGUUCAGAAGAAGGAUUGAAAGUCUGCCCCCGGUGCGAACCUACAUAGACUCGAACAGGUUCAUCAGAUGGCCACUGACAGGGAACAGAGCUCGUUUUGGAACAAAGCGGGACAAUCAAGUCAUUCUAAGUCACCACACGCGACAACAUUCGAUCUUUUGAAAGAAAUUUGUUUUCAAGAUUUCCCAGACAUUGACUUCCUCAUAUUCCAAGCAAAAAAAUACGAACUUCCUUUCCAAGCGUCAGCAUACAA